AAUCCGGAAGCGACAGACGGACGAAGGGCCUCAGGCUGCCACAGGCUGUCAGGCUACUAGUAAAAGGGCGGUACGGAGUACUGUACGGUCAGUACCAGGCAAGCAAGCAGAUCAAGCAGGCAAGUAGGCAAGCAAGCAGGCAAGCAGGCAGCUAAGGCAAGCAGCUUGCUGGUAAGGCUAACAGUAAUGACGGACAACAACCGUUUCUCUCCCCCGGGAAACUACGGUCGAUCCACAAAGACCAGCCGCGCACUUGGUUGGGAAGGGGGAGAGAAAAAAAGAAAGGGUAAAAAAAAAAGAAGGCGAGAGCUGAAAAAAAAGGGGGGGAAGGAAGAGAAAACUGGAGGGAAAAACAGAGGAAUGCCCAACAAGCUGAAUGCAAGGUGUGAACAGUCGGUCGCUCUCCCACAAGGCAAUGACAAUAAUCAGAACAGAGAUUCCCUCUACUCUGCACUCACCACAAAAGAUGAUAGUGAUCCCAAAACCACUCUUCAAGCAGUCAAUCAAUCAAUCAAUCAAUCAAUGAAUCGAAAUAGAAGUACUUGGGGGGAUCUGGGAAUGGAUCGUGAAGUCUGGAGAUGGUCGCGCGCGAUGAUUUGUUUGGGGUUGUGGAUGGAACUCCGUCCCUUUUUUUUAUUUUAUUAAAUUUUUUAAUUUUUAAUUUUUCUGAUUUUCCCUCUUUUAUAUUAUUUUUUUCUCUGC